UUUUCCAUUCGGAUUUCCUUUCUGGUCAUCCCUCCAUUUGAUGCCGUCACCCUUAUCCUGUUUACACAAUUUACACAACAGCAUUCUGAUUUCUUUCGUAUCAAGUGCAGCUGCGAUUUUUGUGUCAAAGACGGUGAAGAGACGCUUUCAACAAGACUCAUCCAAACACUCAGAGUUUUGUUCGUGUUGCGGUUCCGUAGUACAAUUGUUUUCUAAUCCGCGAUCGUGCGAAGUUUAAGGUGACAGUCAAUCUGCAAAAUGGAACUAAAUGAUAGUGGCGAAUACUUCUGUCCAGCAGACAACAGAACCUUCAUUGACAUCAGCCCGAUUUUGUUUUCUUCUCCGACCUUGGUAAAUCGAGUUUGCAUUUUCGCGGCAGUUCACAGAAAUGCCCCUCGCUUUGGCCAUACGUCGGACAUUGACCAAUUGAUUUCUGGUUCCUCUGAAGAGGGCAGAAACUAUGUGGUUGGGGUUCUAUCCUGCGCAAUUGCGAUGUUUAUCUUCUUUCUACUCUGGAUUGCAAUUCUCGCUGUUUUUAAGUGUAUGGGUCCGAAGCGUGUCGGGCUCCUCUCAGGAUAUCGCGUGUAUCGCCCCGAACCACCUGCGCCCCAAGAUUACUACGAUGAAUCGGCCAGAAACGUAAAACAUUCUGAAGACGACGAAGACAUGGAGGCACCUUCACAAUCAUCCUUUCUUGCUCAAGGAAGUACCAAGCAGCAUAAUAUUAAUAAAAGUACGACAGGCAACUAUAGGCCUCAGAGUGCUUCAGAAGAGGAAUGGGCGAGGCCAGACGGAGCCGUUGUCGUCAAGUAUGGGCCUGUUGAAGACGACACUGUGUACCGAUCGGAAUUGCAAGACUGGAAAGUGGAAGUUAGAAAAGUGGAAGGCAGACUCCGAAAUGCUAGAAUUGUGGUUGUGGUUUCAGGUUUAUGCUCGUUGGUCUUCAUUGCCUUUUUCUAUUUUCAAGGAAUCCAUCACCUCCGACAGUCGUUCAUCAAUUCUCGGGCAACCGUUCAGGAAGCAGUGAGACUAGCAGAUGAUGCCGUGGCGCUCAUUGACAAUUACAGCAAGUUGCAGUCUCGGGUUCUGGUGAAUGCCACAGAGUUCGCGGUGGAGAUAAACAAUAUAUGCCCACUCGUCAAACCAGAAAUUUGCAGCAACUUUUCGAACACAUCAGAUAUAUUCGCAACCUCAGCAGAGCUUGCAUGCGACAUCACCGAUAUCCCAAAUGGAAGCAUUCUUGUGUCUUUCAUUGAAGUCGGGAAACAGUUUCUUUUUGACAACCUUGAUGAUAUCCAAGGAGACCUGGAAGAACUUUCAUCGAUUUUUAAGAGUGCCGACGAAAAUAUAGCUCGAUUCAGCUGGGCGUACUAUGUCGCAGCAGGAUGCGCCGGGCUUCUCGCUGUCCUAGUGGUAUUUAUGAUGAAAGGUGUCCUCAUUGCUUGGAAAGGAAAGACGACUGGAGGUUGCGCGCGAGCCUUUCGUCGACUCUUACGUAGCUAUUUUCUUGUGCCGGCUUUUGUCUUCGUUACUUUCAUGAGCUGGGUGUUUUCCAUGAUUUUUGUGUUGGGGUCGGUAACAGCGUCUGACAUGUGUGUUGAAUCGCCGGAUCCUCGAAUGACAAGUCUCCUCAAGCAGUUCGAGCAUCGAUUCAACACGGUAGUAUAUGAGUUCGCUACCUACUACGUAGCUGGCUGCCCAAUCGCUAGCGUACCAUUGGAUUUUGAGAAGCACAUAGCGAUACUCUUGGGCUAUCUCGCGCAAGUAUCAGCGGUAUCUGAGGCGAUAAAGGAGGAUCCAAGUGAUUUUCUUGACGUUUGUGGGGGUGACCCCAAUACAAUUGAUAGGCUCGCGUUUACAAUGCAGAAUCAAGUGUGCCUUUUGACAGGGUCCUUAUACGACAUUCAAGAAUACUUUGCUUGCGAUAAUUGGCAUCCUCUUUAUCGGAAAGCUGUUUAUGAUGCUGUAUGCUACAACGGAACUGCAGGACUACAUUGGGUAGCGCUGUCGCAGUUCUUCAUUGUCACGUUUGCCAUGGUCAUGCUCACGCUUCGAGUAGCGUUUUAUGAACUUGAGGACGAAAAGCAGGUACUCCAAAAUCGCCAGAGUUGGAUUGCCUGUUUGAGUUGCGGCUCAGCAAGAAGAACGUGAAUAAAACCGGGUAGCAACGGUAUGUGAUGCGAAAACAAUGGUGCAGACAAACUGGCAGCGACGUUUCUCAGAAUCAGUGUCAGUAUAUCCUCUACAGCACUAUGGAGACAAAGUUAAAGGCGCCCUAAUGCGUAAUAUGGUAGAAACAAGUAAUUGUUUGUAGGAACGCAAGUAUCUGUCCUUUUGUCCAAUUAAUUCGGUUUCAUAGAGUCAUCGGACUUAUCCGUAGGAAAAUUUAUGGUGAUGUCUUCGUGAUACAGGUCUAUCAGCUGCACGAUCGAAACAUCGUGUUCUACAUGUGUCUGGAGUUCCUCCAAAAGCUGUAAGAGAUGCUCUUGCUGGCCGCUUGUAAAUAUGGCCUCGAAGGUGAAUUUGCAACUUAACGCAUUUUGCUCCGAGUUUAUAACCUUAUUCCAUAGACAGAUCAUAUUGUCAUCGCCUGACACAUUAAAACCAUUCCUUUGCAGUUCUUUUGCGAGUCGGACCAGCUCCCGAGGGCCUUUG